AUGCUUGGAAUUGAUGAAGCUGGUAGAGGUCCAGUCCUUGGCCCUAUGGUAUAUGCAUGUGCCUUGUCACCAAUAAGCCAGUUGAAUGAAUUAGAAACUAUUGGACUUGCUGAUUCAAAGACAUUAAAUGAAAAUCGACGGGAGAAACUUCUUAAAGAAAUGUUGAAUAAAUGUGAUUGGAUAUCAGCGGUCGUGCAUGUCAUUAGUCCUGUAUACAUUACCGAGAAAAUGCUAGAUAAGUCGAAAACUAGUCUAAAUGUUAUAUCUCAUGAUUCAGCCAUACAGCUUAUCCAAUCAGUUCUUGACAGUGGAGUAAAUUUAGUUGAGGUUUACGUUGAUACUGUUGGCAAAGCUGAACAUUAUGAAACUAAACUGCAAAAUCUUUUUCCUCAAUUAAAAAUACGUGUUGAAAGCAAAGCUGAUGAUACUUAUCCAAUUGUGAGUGCUGCUAGUAUCUUUGCAAAAGUUACUCGUGAUCGAGUUCUUCAAAUGUGGCCUAAAGAAGAACGUGGGAGUGUACCCGAAGGCACUGGUCUUGGUUCUGGCUAUCCAGGUGAUCCUGUCACUAAAAGUUAUUUACGUGCAUGUAUGGAUCCAGUUUUUGGCUUCCCAUCUCUUGUGAGAUCUAGUUGGUCAACCUCAUCUUCUCUAUUAGACCAACAUGGUGUAUCAGUUAGGUGGGAAGAUGACGAAACACACGAAGAAGUGCUUCAAGCUAAAAAACUUGCACGAAAACGCGAACAUUCAAAAGGUACUUGCAAACUAUCGAAUUUUUUCAAUAAUGCUCAAUCGAAAUCAUCCACACCUGAUGCAUUACAGAGACAACCAUUUUUUGUACGAACUGGUCUUGUGCAUGUUCAAACUAUCACGUAG